AUGGAGGUUGCGUCCUCGUCUCUCAAGUCCUUCAUAGAGCCGCUCAUAGACCUCAUCCAUGGCGACUUGGUGCUGGAGGAUAUCUGCUGCCGACGCGUCGCAGGUGCGUUCGUUGAGCAUCAUGAGGCGGCGCUGCGCCGCGUAGUUGCCGACCGCACGCUCCCUAGCGGGCUUGAGAAGGCGAUAGAGUCGUACUGUGUGCGCAGCUACCUACUCAACGCACCCGAGCUCCUCACAGAGUCGCACGAGGUGGCGCAGAUGCUGCAACGGCUCGCCAACACUCUCAUUGAAGCCGCCAGAGCCCCGAAGGGGGAGCAACAGAGUGGGAGGCACGACACAGACAAGGUGCGCAUCGAGGAUGAAGGUGCGCGGCUGGCGUUGGCAGGGGUCGCCGAUGUCAACGCCGGCUCCGCUGCCUAUCUGCUUGCUACGUCGGCAGAAAUGAUCAAGGAGGAUGUUGCAGCCGUGCAGGCGGGGCAGGAAACCCACCGCUGCGCACGCCUUAUCAACUCCCUCGGAGAGGUCGUCCUGGGGUACAUCACGUAUGCCGCCCAGCAGUGUGCACAGCAAGCACAGGAGUACCUUGACGGCGCAUCCUGGGACUCCACCUGGGUGGCACACGCCUCCUACCACGCAGCACUGCACCAAUUCGUGAAGUCCGCCGUCGAGCACCGCGAAGCGCGCAAGCGGGAGCGGGACGCGGUGCAGGAGGCGGAGGUGCAAGCCCUUCUGUUCGGCACCGACCACGCCAUCGUGGAGCCAGCGGCACGCAACGAAGGCAGAUACGAGGUGGUGGAGGAUGACCUCGUCGCAGUCCGGGAGCCAGCCCACCAUGAUGCUCCCCCAGCCCCACCUGAGUCAGCUGACACUGACUUUGCAACACAAGUGCAAGCCGCCAUGGAGAGCAUGCCCUCCUCUCCACAGCCACCGUCACAGCCCCUGCCGAAACCCCCUAUCCCGCAGACCACGAGCACUAGCACGGGGCGUGUGCUGCACUCCGUGAACGACUCCGUCGCAGAGCAGUGUGAAGCGUUGGUGCACAUGACGCCGCCUGGGGCUCUGCAAGGACAACAGCCGCAGCAGCAGUCAACACCGGUGCAGUCCUCUGCUCCGCACUCAAGUCCAAUCGCGGUGGCGGAAGGGCGGACAAGUGCGCCGAUCGAGCCCGCCCUGAGUCCAGAGAUUGUUGUCGACCCCUUCGCGCUCGCGGCGGCCUCGAGCUCCUCUGACAGAGACGCGCCGCAGGAAAACGACGACGCAACUCGGCCGCCUCACCGGAAGUUGCGCAAGGCGGACACCGUUUUCAUUGGCGCCUCGGAGACGAGUGUCCUGCGCAUGAUGGAGCACACAAACGACGACGGCAGUGAGAGCUGCCGUCUGUUGUCGGCACCGACGUCCGCCUCCGCCUCCAUGCCGUCCUCCACCCUUCCGAUCGGCGCGCCGCGACCGCACGACAGCGGUGGCACGACGGGCGGCACCGCCUCCUCCGCCACCUCGACAACUGCAGCCGCUGUCGACGUUGUAGAUGCCUGGGAAGCGGUGCAGCGAUGCCUGCAGAGGCAAGAUGCUGAGUCCCGCUCCUACUUCCUGUGCAGUGCGACACAUCGCUUUGAGCCGUGUGUAGCGAGAGGCUUCUUUUGA